UGCGGGGUGCCGGCUGAAAUUCCGCCGACGCGCGAAGACCAAGCCGCAGAAAGCUCAGCGUGACAGUCGCAUGUCGCGGUCCAGGUUCAACGCCCGUCCCGCGCCUAAUUUUUCGCCCUCCGUCACGUGCCGCUCUCAAAAUCCGGUUCCACCUUCGUUCUACCACUCACGUCCGCCGCAUUCCGCUAGUGAAUCUCUUGGAAAUUGAAAAAAAUAGUGCUGUAAGUCUUUUCCCCGUGCGGGAAAACGAACAUAGUGCUGCCGGCUUCGGUUUCAACCAGGAGUUCGUGCAAUCGCUUACUGUCGCGUCUUACAUUUCGGUGCCGCUCCAGUUUCGACAAACCUGAUAAAUUUGGAAAUCCAUGCUCUGUUUGAUUCUACAUUCUCUCUUUAAAAAAACGCUGAGUUGAAAUUAUUCUCUCCAACUCUGUAUUUACAAAGUUUCUAAAUGUGAUCAUCCGCACCGCGGCGAACUUUCUACCGAAUUCAGUGUUUAUUUGUCGCAUCCAGUUUGACGGACGGUACAGUUUGAAACAUUUGAUUCGUCGAGUUUCAUGAACGGCAAGCUCAAGACUUGCCAGCGGUUUUUCAAUUUCCUGCCCAAGAAACUCAAAGGGAGCCGCCGAAGAUAUGAAGCGCGCCGGACUUCGGUUUUAUUUGUUGACGUUUAAAUUCGAGCAAAUCGUGCCACUGACUUUCCGGUUCAUAAUCUUGGAGAGCUAACCAUCCGCGGUGGAUCCUUGUUACCACGAGUGUAAAUAUUCAUGAAUCAAUUGUCCUGUGCGCGAUAUAAGUUGCAGUUUCUCGUUAAAUAUCGGCGUUGUUCAUAAAACCAACGAGUCUCCACUAAGUACCGGAGGAAUCGUUGUUCAUACUUGGAAAUUUUCUCCCUCCGAAGCCCACAUUUGUACCAUUUACGCACUGUAGUGUAAAUAAUUUUUAUCCACGAUUAGAUCUGUUCGUAAUUUCCACCACUUAUCCGGUAGGACUUCAAAGAAUCCGGAAAUUCAAGUUUUUCUCACCCGUCGGAUCGAAGUUUCCGCUCCGGAGAAGAUCGAGGCUUCCGUUUCCGGUUAGAUCGAGGUUUUCGUCUCCGGGAAGAUCGAGACUUCCGUUUCCGGUAAGAUCCAGGUGUCUAUUUCCGGUUAGAUCCACGUUUCCGUUGAACUAGAUUUCCGUUUCCGGUGAGAUCCAAGUGUCCGUUUCCGGUUAGAUCCAGGUGUUAGUUUCCGGUUAGAUCCAGGUUUCCGUUACCGGUAGGACCUAGAUUUCCGUUUCCGGUAGGAUCGAGAUUUCCGUUUCCGGUAAGAUCAAGAUUUCCGUUUCCGGUGAGAUCUAGGUGUCCGUUUCCGGUUAGAUUUAGGUUUCCGUUUGUUUCUGUGGUUGUGGGGGUGGAGUGAUAGUGAUGAAAACGGAGAAUCGGAGCGGGCAUGAGCUAGCGCCGCUUAACGCGCGGCUGGGGAGCCAGAGCAACGGGGUGACGAUCGUGAUCACGCCGGCGGCCCAAAAUGCUGCACGUGGAUCCGUUUCCGGUUCGGCGGCCGCCGGCUCGAAGAAAGGCAACGGCGAGGAGCGCGCCGCGUGGGACAACAAAAUGCAGUUCAUGCUCAGCAUCAUCGGAUACUCCGUCGGCCUCGGAAACAUCUGGAGGUUCCCUUACCUGUGUCAGCAAAAUGGAGGAGGAGCGUUCCUCAUUCCGUUUGCCAUUAUGCUCGUGUUGGAAGGAAUCCCACUGUUCCUCAUCGAGCUGGGGAUCGGCCAAAAAAUGCGGCUCGGCUCUCUAGGGGUCUGGAACACGAUUCACCCCUGGCUCGGCGGCAUCGGCAUAGCCAGCUGUAUCGUUACCUUCUUCGUUGCUCUGUACUAUAAUGUCAUCAUUACAUGGUGUUUUUAUUACCUAUUCAACUCGUUUCAGAGUCCUCUUCCGUGGGCUAGCUGUCCACAACUGGCAAACGGGUCGGCCGUUCCCGAAUGUGAGAAGUCAUCAGAAACAGCGUAUUUCUGGUACAGAACCACAUUGGACGUCUCGCCGGCCAUUGAUCAACCCGAAGGUCUCAAAUGGUGGAUCGUCCUCUGCCUCAUCCUCGCCUGGACCAUCGUGUUUUUCAUCGUCAUGAAAGGAAUCCAGUCUUCCGGAAAGGUUGUGUAUUUCACAUCUUUGUUCCCGUAUAUCGUUUUGACGAUAUUUUUCAUCAGAGGCAUCACUUUAAAAGGAGCCAGCGCCGGGCUUGCACAUAUGUACACGCCAAAGGUCGAGAAACUGCUGGACCCUACGGUGUGGAUGGAUGCAGCGACGCAAGUCUUCUACUCAUUCGGAUUAGCUUUUGGGUCAUUGAUUGCCUUCGGUAGCUACAACCCGCCCAAAAACAACUGCGUCCGUGAUGUGAUCCUGGUAUCCAUCUGCAACGCGCUCACCGCCAUUUACGCUAGUAUCGUAGUUUUCGCAAUCCUAGGUUUUAAAGCUAUGAGCAACGUUGAUAAAUGUAUAGAAAGCAACAAACACAGACUGCACUUCCUUGGUUUGAUACCCAGUAUUGAUAUAGCUCAAGAUGAGUAUGAGUCGCUAAUAGCUCACCAUCAGGGGAAACCUGACCUGAAGCUUGAAGAAUGUAGUCUUUCGAAACAACUCGAUCAAGCGGCAGAGGGCACUGGUUUAGCAUUCAUAGUCUUUACGCAAGCCAUGGUAGAAUUACCCGGUGCACCUUUCUGGUCGGUCAUUUUUUUCAUGAUGUUGCUGUCUCUGGGCCUCGGAUCUCAGAUCGGGAUACUGGAGGGCAUGUUAUGCACAAUUUUUGACAUAGAAAUUUUUAAAAGGAUUCGGAAACCAAUUUUAACAGGUGCCGUGUGUCUCAUUUGUUUUCUCGUGGGAUUGAUUUUCACAACCGGUGCCGGUGAAUAUUGGCUUAAAAUGUUUGACUCCUUUGCCGGAACAAUUGGUCUUGUGAUGAUCGCUUUGCUAGAAAUGCUGUCUGUGAUGUUUAUUUACGGUCAUCAAAAGUUCACUCAAGAUAUAUAUGACAUGACAGGAUACAGGCCGGGUAUAUACUGGCAGGUUACGUGGAGGUUUUUGGCACCGCUCAUAAUGUCAUGUAUACUGGUUUCGUCAAUUGCAUUCAGAUUUUUACACACUCCUAAAUACGGUGCAUGGGAUGCAUCUACGGGACAAACUGUUGAAACGCCGUAUCCAGGCAGUGUUCUGACCAUAGCUGUGAUAAUGAUUGUUACCUCUAUUUUACCAAUAUUACUUGUGUUUUUACUCCGUCGCUUCCAGUGUCUUAAAUACGAUAUGUCAAUACACCAGGGCGCAAUCCGCCGAAUAGAUACUACCGUUUCAACAAAAGAAAUGAUGGCGGAUGUGGAUUCUGAUGAAUUUAGAGACUCUCCAGAUGAUCUGGAUGAUGAAGAUAAUGAUGAAGAUGAUGGACCAACAAUGACCAACACAAUAGCUAAUCAACGGAUUGGCAAAACCUUCAAACUAGAGAUAAUGGAUUUCUAAAGAGGUCAAUUAUUGUGACUUUUGGAAUUGGGACUGUAACGUACACAGGUUUCCCUUCUCCUUACAAAAACUGUUACUUUGGAAACCACUUUUUCUUUCACAUGCCUAUUAGAGAUGUGGAUAUAUUGGCAGAAUCUUGGUGCCUGGUUUCUUGCUGUCAACUUUAGGUAUGGUUCUUGGGCCUCAGAGAAAGAAAAUGAAGGAAGCACUCAAUCAGCAUUGAUGCCAUGACUUCUCCACGUCAUAAAAAUUGUUUCCUUUCAAUUAAAAGAACUGGAGGCUAAUCAAAGACUGUUCAGUACUUCUAGAUAUUAUGAUAAAUUAUUCUGAUAUAUCACAUGUCAAUAGUCGAAGUGCAAAGCCACGUAUCUCCAUUGCGAUGUUUCAACAUUUCUUUUCCUAUUUUCUUUGAUCCGAAAAAGACAAGCCAACUUUAUGGCUUGAAUUUUACUUAGACAGAAUAUUCUGCUGACAGAGAAGAAAAUCAAGGAAGUUUUCAAGAAAUUACCAUCACUAGUUUUUUGAAGAAAAAUUAGACGUGGUUUUGCACUUAGACCAUCAAUUGGGUGAAGUUAGAUGAUUUUAUCAAAUUACCUACGUCUGAUGGAAAGAUGCAGGUCUCAUCUGAUGGCAGAAAUAGAUCCUUCAGGAUUAAGCCAAGAUUUCGUGAGAUUCCUUGGAACAGCAAUCUAACAAAUUAAGUCAAAGUGGAGAAAACUGUGAAUUUUUGUAAGUCCAUUGAGAAAGACGGAGCAACUCCAGAACGUACUGUAUAUUACCAAAAUGACUCCUAUUACGCUUAUAGUAUUUUUUCUUUGUUUUUUUCUUCUCAUUUUUGUUCAUUUCUGUGUGAAUUAUUAAAUCCAGUCAGAUUCUUAAAACGUUA